AUGUCUGAGAAGCCAACAUAUUUUCUGGACAGCAACCCAAAAAAUAGAAGGAUGGUGCUACAAAAUGGAUUCAGUACACCUAGACAAUCAAUUUCUCUAACACAGAAAUGGUGUCCAGAUUCAAAGGUGAAAGAUAGAGCUCUCAACUACUUCCCCGAAGCCACAAUAGCUUCCAGCGAAGUCACAUAUUUACACCUAUUAUAUUCUAUAACACCUAUCAUUGCCUUCCUUACAAGACCUGCUUUACAAAGCAUUGUUUCAAAACAAGUUGGGCCAAAUGAACAGGGAAUUGCUCAAGGGUGCAUUGCAGGCAUAAGCUCAUUUGGCAAUAUUCUUUCUCCAUUAAUAUAUACUCCUCUAACAGAUCUAUUUUUAUCUGAGAAGGCUCCAUUCAAUUAUCCUGGAUUCAACUUGUUCUGCGUCGGCCUUGCUUGGUUGAUAGCUUUAAUCCCUAGUAUGAUGAUACAGUUUGGUCCCAAAAAUGCAAUACUCAAAAUCAGAGACGGUGGCUGUACCUUGGAUGCCUAA